GCAAUCUAAUUCAUCACAAAUGCGUUGAUUUCAUAAAUUUCCUACUUGCUUCUCUUUUUCCUAUACUCCGAUCUCUUGCGCUGCUACAAAAUCCUCAUCAUCCACUAUGGGAGACGCUUUGCGUUCUCUUCUACACUUUUUGAAGGUUUUUAAGCAAAAAUUAGGCAAGAAGAAAACCCAAAAAAGUGAACCAAAACCCGUCCGUAUGCCGAGUCCAGAACUUCCAGAAGACAUUUACCGUCCGUUUUCACUAGCCGAGAUCAAAGCUGCUACCAACAACUUCCAUCAAGGCUCCCUUAUUGCUGAAGGUGGUUUUGGAUCCGUAUACUGGGGGGCUGUCAAUGAUGGAACCAUGGUUGUUGCUCUCAAACGUCUCCGAUCGCGAUCAUUACAAGGACUUACCGAGUUCCAAAAUGAGGUACAGUUGCUGUGCCAGUUGCGCCAUCCACAUCUCGUCUCUUUCAUCGGGCUUUGCCAUGAGCAAAAUGAAAUAAUCCUUGUGUAUGAAUAUAUGAGCAGAGGGUCACUGUAUUAUCAACUCCAUCGUAAGGGUUGUGUUCCACUCGGUUGGAAACACAGGCUACAGAUAUGUAUCGGUGCAGCGCGUGGAUUACAUUACCUGCACACAGGAGUAAAGCAUGUUGUAUUCCACCGUGACAUCAAGAGCUCAAACAUUCUUUUAGAUGACGAAUGGUCGGGUAAGCUUUCCGAUUUCGGGUUGUCGAAAAUGGGUCCCACUAGCAUGUCAAAAGCCUUGAUAAGAACAGAGUCGAGAGUGGUGGGCACCCUCGGAUAUUUGGCUCCGGAAUACAUGCUUCAUGGGUUACUAACGGAAAAAGCUGACGUCUUCUCGUUUGGGGUCCUUUUAUUUGAAGUUCUUUGUGGUAGAACAGUCUAUGAUGCAACAUUACCAAAGAAUCAACAACGCAUACUUGAGUGGGUUAUUGAAUUCGUAAAGGAAGGAACCAAUUAUCAUGUCAUUGACCCGUACCUCAAGGGGACGAUAGCUCCAGAAUGUUUCAAGCAAUAUUUGGAAAUCGCUUGUAGUUGUGUCCACCACGAGGGAGAUAAACGGCCAACAAUAGGCGAGGUGGAGGUCAUGCUAGAGCUUGCCUUAGAGUUGCAAAAGCAAGCAGAUUCGAUCAAAGCUGCUACCAGCAACUUUCAUCCAAACUUGGUCAUCGGUAUAGGUGGUUUUGGAAAUGUAUACAAAGGGAUUCUUGACGAUGGAAACUUGGUUGCUGUCAAACGCUUGAAUCAACAUUCAGCACAAGGAUUCAAUGAGUUCCGAACCGAAGUGCAGUUGCUCUGCCAGCUGCGCCACCGACAUCUCGUGUCUCUUUUCGGGUUCUGCAAUGAUAAUGACGAGAUGAUCCUUGUAUACGAACUCAUAAAAAACGGGACACUUCGUGAUCAUCUCUAUGGUUCUGAUUGUGAUCCACUCCCAUGGAAGCAGAGGCUAGAGAUAUGUAUUGGUGCAGCUCGUGGAUUACAUUACCUUCAUACGGUAGCAAAGCAAGCAGUAAUUCACCGUGACGUCAAGAGCAGCAAUAUUCUUUUGGACGAUAAAUGGGUUUGUAAGCUUUCUGCUUUCGGAUUGUCCAAGAUGCGUCCCCGUAGCACGUCAAAAGCUUUGAAAAAAAUAGACUCACAAGUGAAGGGUACUUGGGGUUAUUUGGAUCCAGAGUAUGCCAGAGGAGGUGGACUUACCGAGAAAUCUGAUGUGUACUCAUUUGGGGUUGUUUUAUUAGAGGUGCUGUGUGCUAGAAAGGCAAUUGAUACAAAGUUGAACGAGCAUCAAGUAAAUCUAGCUCAAUGGGCCCGUCGGUGCAUAGGCGGAGGAACCGUUUAUAACAUCAUUGAUCCAUAUCUAAAGGGGAGGAUAGCUGUAGAGUGUUUCAAGAUAUUCGUGGACAUCGCUUAUUGCUGUAUCAGUGACGAGGGAAAUACUCGGCCUGAGAUGGGUGAAGUGGAGUUGAUGCUAGAGCUUGCAUUGGAGAUGCAAGAGAAAGCAGAUUCCAAUAUGGUGGAUCUUGAUCCUCAUGGUGAAUGUAAGUUUGGAGAAGUAUCAUUUUGUAUUCCUGUUUCUGACCACAGUUUGUGUGUGGACAGUCACAACAGUAUAUCACUUGGAUCUUUAGAUAUUAGUUAUAGUUCUGAAGCAGCAUGUAACCAGGUUUUGGAUGGCUCAAGUUUGAUAGUGGAGCAGACCAGUGAUAAUCUUGGCCGAUGUCAAUCUUCCACUAAUGGAAGUAGGAUGGAUUCGGAGGGUCUAGAUAGCCUUGCCGAGCUUUGUUGGGAAUCAAGAUGCUCGGUGGUUGAAGAUAUGAGAAACCGUAUGACAAGUGACCAUCUAGCCUGUCUGGCUAUGUCAUCCAAGAAUUUCCUCGAACCUCUAACUAAAUUUCUGAGCAGUGCCCAUGAUUUACAUGAUAUAAGAGCCCAGAGAGGUGGACUUCAGUUGUUAUUAACAUUUCUAAGCCAAAACAGGAGUGGCAUUCGAAACUUGCACGAAGAUACAUAUAGCCUAUUAUCAUUGUUUCUCCACUCAAAAGUAAAGAAAGAGGCUCUAGACAUCAUAGAAGUGUUGUCUGGCAAUACUAGUUGUAGAUCUAAGAUUGCUGCAUCUGGUGCUCUUGCUUCCAUUUUCGGUAUUCUUGACUCCAACAUCAGAGAUUUCAAAGAACAAGUCAUUAAAAUUAUGUGCAAUCUGUCUUCACGUGAUGCUUCUUGUUCCAACUUGGUGUCUUCGGAGUGCAUCCCAAAACUGGUUCCAUUCUUAAACGAUCCGACUUUAGCAAAGCACUGUAUAAUCGUGUUGAGAAACUUGUGCAACAACAACAAAGAGGCUAGGGCCUCUGUUGCUGAAACCAGUGGAUGCAUUGCUUCUAUUGUUGAAUUACUUGGGACUGGCCAUUAUAAGGACCGGGAGCAGGCGGCGGCUGUUCUCCUUGGAUUGUGCGCUGAAAGUGUUCAAUAUUGUCAAUUGGUGAUGGAUGAGGGAUGUAUCCCUGCACUUGUGGAUGUAGCCGAGAAUGGGAGUGAAGAAGGAAAGGCAAGCGCGCUGGAAUUGCUUCGGCUCCUCAGAGAUAUUGAGCAAGAAUGCUUCGAAUCUGACAUCGCCACAAUAUCUCAAGAUGCCAACAACUGUCCCAAAGGAAAGAAGUCUCACAAGACAUUGUUUGGAGUGAAAUCUCUGAGAUUCUCAAAAUCGAUAUAAGACAAAAAACGAAGAAAUGACACUGGGAUUUUCUGCUCUCCUGUAGACAGUGGUUACCCAAUAUUCUGCCUGCUAAGAUUGUUUGUUUUUGCAAUGAAAAUGUGCUUGUUACAAGUGAUGGCAUCUUCUUAG